AUGUCGCUCCAACAGUCGUUUCUGAGAUCUCUGCGCAACCAGCAAGGAAGACAGCCUGUCCUGGUGGUGCAAGCUGCCCAAGCAGCCUGGCCCUUUGGAGCUUUCACUAGCCGCCCGCAGGGCGCACCCUGGUGGGCGCUGCUGAUUUCGGGCUUGGGGCUGGGAACUGCGGUGGCGCUGCUGUUGCGGUUGUUGGCAUGGUGGAGGAACUACGAGAAGUUCCAAGCCCUGCGCUCGCGGCCGCGCGAGGCCUCGGCCUCCGAAGCCGCCCCAACGGUGGCGCCCAGCGCGGCGCGGAUGGCGGAGCUGGUGGCGUCACUGAAGGCGCAUGCAGAGGAGACGCGUGAGGUCACGGCCUCAUUGAGGCGUUCGGUGGAGCAGCAGCAACGGCUGUAUCAGGUGGCCGCCAUCGACUUCCAGCGCAAGUUGGACGAGGCAUCCAAGCGGAAGAACUUGGCUGCGCGCAUGGAAGUGGCGCCGGAGUCCCUCCAGCUGCUGCGGUCCUUGGUGAGCUGCAAACAGGGCACCGGCGGCGCCAGGGCCAAAGAGAACGGCGACAGCCGCAUCGUUGAGGCGGACGACAAGGCGCCGGACGACGUUGGCGCGCGGAAGGAGCGGGACGAGACGACCUCCAAACCACCCGAGAAGCCGCCCAUGGCGGCGCCCUGGGCGAGUGCCAUGGUGCAGCAGCCCCGAACCCGGCGGCUCUCGAAGUUUUCGCGAUACAGUCACUUGGUGGAGGUCGUGCUGGCAUACUCUUCAUAUCCCUUCAUGUUCCAUCUUGGUGGAUGCGUUGAUGAAACAGAUGCGUUGAAGAAGAAAGCGCAGAGCAUGCUGCCGGAUCUCAAUUUGGUCCUGGAGCAACUGCGCAGUGGGGAUGGAGGCUUGUCAGAGUCCGAGAUCGAGCGCUAUGGCGCUUCGUUCGUGAGAUUUAAAGAUCCAGAUGGCCCCGAAAUGCACAAGGAUGAGUUGCCCAAUCUCUUGGCGUUUCUGGGCUUUCCGAAUCCUGAUCCCCAGAAGUGCAGGGAGCUUGCGGAUGAGUGUGCUGACUAUCAGACACUGGAACGAGUGGAUUUCCUGGAAUUCAUGGAGAAGUGGAUCUCACAUGAAUGCGAGCGCUAUCGGGAAAUCUUUGCCUCCUACGACGACGACGGCAGCGGCUUCUUGGACACCACGGAACUCAUGACCUUCGUGAGCUCCUUGGGCUUCACGCCCCUGCGCAGCAUGGUGAAGGAAGCCUUGGACCUGGUGGACCUGGACCGCAACGGCUUGCUGGAUUUUGAGGAGGUAGUCCUUUUGAUGCACUGCUACCGACACACAGAAGGUUUCACGCUGGAUGAAUUGCAGACCAUCACUGCCAUCUAUCAGGAUGUGGUCGACCAAGUCUCCUUCAGAUACGGUAUUCCAAUCGAACUCAUCGUUUUUGGCUUGCUUUUCGCGGGAUACAAAGCUCCCAAGUGGUGUAAAGGGAAAGCGAAACAAGGCGAUGAUGGUCCCGUUGUCCAAGCUGAAGUUGUCUCAAAAGACACUGCUGCCGAGAAGGCCUUUUGGAGGCCCUGGAAGGCUCGACGUCGUGACGAGCCCGAAAAGGCGAAGAGUGGAAAAGGUGAGGCAAAGGUAGCAAAGCCGAAGAGCGCUGCUGCCCUUUUAAAGAAAAACGCCUCACAGACACAGUGGCGUUCCAUUAUCAACAAGUUCACCCCGGAGAAAUUCGAGAAACUUUGUGAGCAACUUCUUGGGACCUUGCCCAAACAGGGCCCAAACACGGCAGAGAAAACCACUUGCUGUGACACGGAGUUCUCCAAAAUUCUGGAAGAGUUGUUGUCGAUGAUUUUUGAUGCUUGCAGUAGGCAACAUCAAUACACGGAGAUGUAUGCAGAUCUAUGCCAGAAGUUGCUGGAUCAUGUGGCCAAGCAACGGCCCAAUCUGGAUGGUCGAGCUUGUGUUUGGAGCAGGUGCCAGCACAUUUUCCAGAACAGUGUGUUGAAGCCUCCAGAGAUUCCAGCGGACCUACCGGAGGAUGAGUAUAUGGACCGCAAAGCCAAAAUCAAAGAAAAGAUGGUGGGCAUGGUGAAGUUCGGAGGAGAUCUGGUGGGUCGGGGUCUGGUUCCCGCGGAGGGUGUGAUGACCUGGAUCCACACUCUGUUGAGUGAGAAGGCUCGGUCCGAGAUCCCCGAGAUCCCGGAUGAGAAUGGUUCAACCGCGGAGAAGGAUGUGGAGAAACGUGAGAUCCAGCUGGAGGUGCUGUGUGCCAUCCUCGCAUCCAUGGGUUCAUCCUUGUCAGAUCCAACGGUGUGGAGUGAGGAGAAUAGGUUGGUCAUAGAGAAUGUUUUCGAGCAGCUUGAACAACUGGCAAAGGAUGCAAAGCACCUUUCACUCCGAAUUCGCUGUUUGAUUCGGGAUGUUCUUGACUUACGGAUAGCUGAAUGGAAAGAAAAGGCUGGAAAGCUGAAGCCAACAGCGCUCCAACGGCAGAAGGAAGAGAUCGAACGAGUGGAAACCAAUCUCCGCAGCGAAGCGCCUGAGUUCGUUCCUGGCUCGGGACUGUCGGGGGCUGGAAAGCCAUGGACCUCUGAUCGACUGCUGGAGGGGAAGCCUUGGAUGGAUCCGCAGCUGCUGGCCAGUCUGCAGAUGGUGGAUCACCAUUUGGAGGUCAUUGAAGAUCGUGAUGCCAAGCUACAGAGGCUGAAGGCCUUGGUACAGGUUUAUCACCUGAUUCAAGAGAAACAAAUUGUGGUGGUGGCCAAUACCAUUAAUCUGCGGCGGAUACUGGACAUGGUUUCACAUAGUUUCGGUGGCACGGAUUAUCGGUGUUUGGACCAGAACACUCCGGAGCACAUUCGCACGCAGAGCCUGCGAAGCUUUGAGAUUGGGCAAACUGCAAUGCUCUUGAUGACCACGGAUGUUUGCGCUCGAAGGGAGUUUGAUUUUGGAAGGGCAGCACCAGUGCUGAUCAAUUUCGAUUUCCCAAUGACGCUGCAGCUAUACCUCUACCGCAUCCAAAAGCGUACAGACAGUGAUACUCAUGUCUACACCUUCUUCUCUCCUCAUGACGUACGGCACGCAGCUUCAUUGGUCAUGGUGCUUGAAGGAGCUCGGCAAAAGGUGCCGGAUGCCCUGAAAAAGAUGAAGGAACAGGUGAAGGCCGAUCCGGGGAAGAAUCCAAAGGAAGGCCGAAGGAAGAACGGUGCAGAGGAGGAGGAUGGAAACAAGACCAACAAGAGACAUGACCGGAACGACGAUCGUGGUAAUCGUCAGGAGCGGAGACGAGAGGGCACAAACCUCUUGCCUGCUGAAAUGCUGGGAGAUGUGCUGGUUCAAUUCUUCGGACCUGCACAAGCACAGAAAGCCCGCGACUUGCAAUCGGAUUGCAUCACGCGAAUGUCCAAGAUGACAAGCACUGCUUCUGAAGGAGGAGCUGCGCCCGGGAUCGGCCAAAAGAAGACCACCUUUGGCAUGGGCUUCCAUGAAGUGCUGCUGUGGGCCAGACGCCUGCGGGAGAAGGAGUUCGAGAGCUACCGUGACGCUUUUCAGAAGUUCGAUGAGGAUGGCAGCGACUCCAUUGACAUGGGUGAGCUUCAAAACGUCAUCAAGACGUUGGGCUACACCAUGACCAAAGCAACAAUCAUGGAAAUCAAGCAAAAGGCCUUCGCGCGCACUGACCUGGAUGACAUGUGCGUAAAGACCAGCUCAGAAGUGUUGGAUUCGGAUUCCAUGGAUUACGACUCCUUCGUGCACUUCAUGAUGAUGCUUCAGCAAUCUGAUGGAUUUUCUGCAGCAGAGGUGCAAGAAAUUAAGGAGACCUUCCGGAAGUUCGACGAGGACGGCAGCGGCGACAUCGACGUCUGCGAGCUCUCCGACAUGUUGCGCUUUCAGGGCCAUGCUGCCAGCAUCGAUGAGGUGCGGCGGUUGCACUCCAGGGUGAACUUCAACGGGAGUGGGGCCUUGGACGUGGCGGAGUUCAUUCGCUUCAUGCGUCUAUACCGGGAAGAGAUGCUGGAGAGUGUUCGGGAGGCUUUUGACACCUUGAAGGACACUAGCUCUGGGUAUUUGAAUCCCGAACGCCUUCCCUUGGCCAUCAACCAGCUGGAAUUCGCUCGCGAGGAGCGUCGCAUAGAUGUGGAGCCGUUCUUGCCACAUGUGCCUUUGGAUUUCGACAGUUUCAUCAACCUCUGCGACAAGGUGCGGGAAGCCCAGGUGGCCGUCGAUCGCAAGCGCGCCGGCUUCAGUGAAGCUUGGCGCGACCGUGAGAUUGAGCAUUAUUGGGCAUUGUACGUGUCGUAUGACACAAAGAAGUCGGGCACGGUGUCCAUGGAAGAGUGUACCAACCUCCUAGCCACCUUGGGCUUCCAGGUGCGCACAGUGGAGGAACAACAAGAUCUGAAGCAGCUGCUAAAACAGGCGCGAACUGUCGCGGAAGCAGCUGGGGUCGAUGUCCGCGAUGGCGGGGUGAACUUCUACGUUCUCCUGCAGUUGCUGCAGGCCCUGUUUGUGAACCACGAGCGGGAAACCGAGCAGGAACUGGUUCAGGUGGCCGAUGAAACAGGCUUCACCAUGAGCGAGGUGAGUGAAUUCAACGACGUCUUCGUCCAGUAUUGGAAUGCCGAACUGGAGCCCGGGGAAUGGAAUCAUCCCAGCGAUCGGCUGCGCAAGAAGCUGCUCCACAGGAGCUCUGUUUACAAACUCCUUCGGUCCAUGGGGAUCCGCUUGGACCAUUCCUCCAAGGCGCCGGGAAUGGUCCGGACCGUGGAGAGGACACAAAUCGACCAUCAGAUCCACAAGUUCAGUGGUGAGAAACUGGAUUUCCAUGGCUGUCUACGGCUGAUGCGCUGGAUAGUAGAUGUGAACUUUGCUUCUAUCAACAGUACCUCGGAUCAAGGUCACUGA